AUGGCAGCACUUCUUGUUAAGCUCUUUCUCAUCACCAUUCUUAUUUCUCUUUCCUACUUUCUUGGCUCUUACACACACGUCUUCUCUCACUCUGCAGCUCCCCUUCAAGUUCUACCCCAUCCCUCACACUGUUUGCAGCUUAAUUCCACAACCCACCUCCCCAUUUCUCCUCCCCUUCACUUUGAGCCACUCCACACUCUCACUCUUCCUCAACAAUCUUCAAAAAAGCUUCCAUUUUUGUUUAAGUUUUGUCCCAACAGCUUCACCAACUACCUGCCUUGCCAUGACCCUUCACUGGAAAAGAACUUCAGUGUUGAAAGGUUCUUUCACAGAGAGAGGCAUUGCCCUGGAAGGAGAGUGAAGUGUUUGGUACCAAAGCCUGUUGGUUAUAAGAGGCCUUUUGAGUGGCCAAAGAGCAAAGACUAUGCUUGGUUCAGGAAUGUGCCUUUCAAGAAGCUGACUGUGUCCAAGAAAUCUCAGAAUUGGGUUCGAUUAGAAGGUGAUCGUUUGUUUUUUCCUGGUGGUGGCACUUCUUUUCCAAUGGGAGCAAAGGGUUAUGUUGAUUUGAUCAAGAAGGUCGUGCCUUUGAAAUCUGGAAAGCUAAGAACUGCUCUCGAUAUUGGAUGUGGGGUUGCAAGCUUUGGAGCCGCUUUAAUGAAUUAUGACAUCUUGACAAUGUCAAUUGCGCCCAGGGAUAUACAUGAAGCUCAAGUACAGUUUGCCCUGGAAAGGUGA